AUGAAGCUAGAGGACGAAGACAAGACAGCUUUUCGAACCGGCCUUGGAAUUUUCUACUACACAAAGAUGCCUUUCGGCCUCAAGAACGCUAGCGCAACAUACCAGCGUUUGAUGGAUAAAAUCUUUGCUGAAGAUAUUGGGAAGCAUAUCGAGGUGUACAUCGAUGAUCUAGUAAUUAAAAGUCCCGAGGAGGACCAAAUGUUAAAAGAUAUUGAGAAAACAUUCAACUCAUUGAGAAGCGUGAAUAUGAAACUGAAUCCAACCAAAUGUUCCUUUGGUAUGGAGGAAGGCAAAUUCUUGGGCUUCGUGGUCACAAAUGGCGGCUUUAGAGUUAACCCAGAAAAAGUUCAAACCAUAGAGCGAAUGCCGUCACCUCGAACAAUCAAAGAAAUGCAUCGAUUGGCUGGCCGUCUAGCCGCGCUUAAUCGAUUUCUAUCAAACCAUGCGGCAAAGUCAUACCCUUUUAUCAGCACUCUGCGCAACUGCGUAAAAAAGCAAGAAUUCAAAUGGACGCCUGAGGCAGAAACCGCAUUUCAGCAGAUGAAAGAAUGUUUGAUAAAGCUCCCUACUCUGACCGCGCCGUUUGAAAAGGAACCACUCAUCUUGUACUUGUCCUCUUCGGACAAGGCAGUUGGGUCGGUAUUGUUGGUGGAGAGAGAUGGAGUUCAGACUCGAAUAUAUUACGUCAGUAGGGUGCUUACCGAUCCAGAAACGAGAUAUUCAACAAUGGAAAAGUUGGUACUUGCGCUACUACACGCCUCUAGAAGGCUGCGCAGAUACUUUACAGGGCACGUGAUCACAGUACUCACCAACUUUCACAUCGGCACAAUAUUGCAAAAACCAGAGACGUCUGGGCGGCCGCGCCCAGUCAUCAAGGGUCAAGUUCUAACGGAUUUCGUCACAGAAGUCCCAGUGGAUAAAAUCAAGGAUUGUGAGAUUGUUGAGACUCCCGUGAAAGACACGUCCAAUGAGUUAUGGUUGCUGUAUACUGAUGGGGCCUCAAACGAAGAUGGCGCAGGAGCUGGAUUGCGUCUUGUAAGCCCUGAGAAGCAUGAAUUUACAUACGCCAUCAAGUUAGAUUUCAAGAAUACCAACAACGAGGCGGAAUACGAAGCAUUCUUGGCAGGCUUGCGCCUCGCCAUAAAAAUGGGAGCUCAAAAUCUGCGAGCGCGUGUUGAUUCACUCUUGAUCGCCAGCCAAAUCAACGGACUAUACGAUGCAAAGGGCGAAAUUAUGGCUUUGUACUUAGAUCAAGCAAAAGAGUUGCUUCAACAAUUCAAGUCCUACAAGGUAGUGCAUAUUAAUCGCUCAGAGAACAAACCAGCAGAUGCCUUGAGCAAGCUCACGUCAACUUCUUUUCAGCAUCUCGCCAAAGGUGUAAGAAUCGAAGUACUAAAAAACCCGUCGGUUCUGCUGCGUCAAGUGAAUGUGACAGAGAUAGGGCAACCAUCUUGGAUGAACCAUAUAAUCCAGUAUUUGCAAGAAGGAAUACUCCCUGAGAACAAAGCAGAGGCAAGGAAGAUUCAGCACAAAGCCUUGCAUUACGAGAUGAAUGGUGGUAUCUUGUACCGAAAAUCCUUCUUGGGGCCACUAUUGCGCUACGUGGACCCCCAAGAUGCGAAUUACUUGAUUAGCGAGAUUCACGAAGGAAUCUGCGGCAUCCAUGCAGGCCCACGCAUGGUUGUUGCGAAGAUUAUAAACGCUGGAUACUACUGGCCAGGGAUGCACGUCGAUGCUCUAAAGGAGCUGCGCAAAUGCGACCUAUCACACCCUGGCUUUGCUUGCUUGCGCCUCGACAUAAAAAUGGGAGCUCAAAAUCUGCGAGCGCGUGUUGAUUCACUCUUGAUCGCCAGCCAAAUCAACGGACUAUACGAUGCAAAGGGCGAAAUUAUGGCUUUGUACUUAGAUCAAGCAAAAGAGUUGCUUCAACAAUUCAAGUCCUACAAGGUAGUGCAUAUUAAUCGCUCAGAGAACAAACCAGCAGAUGCCUUGAGCAAGCUCGCGUCAACUUCUUUUCAGCAUCUCGCCAAAGGUGUAAGAAUCGAAGUACUAAAAAACCCGUCGGUUCUGCUGCGUCAAGUGAAUGUGACAGAGAUAGGGCAACCAUCUUGGAUGAACCCUAUAAUCCAGUAUUUGCAAGAAGGAAUACUCCCUGAGAACAAAGCAGAGGCAAGGAAGAUUCAGCACAAAGCCUUGCAUUACGAGAUGAAUGGUGGUAUCUUGUACCGAAAAUCCUUCUUGGGGCCACUAUUGCGCUACGUGGACCCCCAAGAUGCGAAUUACUUGAUUAGCGAGAUUCACGAAGGAAUCUGCGGCAUCCAUGCAGGCCCACGCAUGGUUGUUGCGAAGAUUAUAAACGCUGGAUAG